CCCCACAAUCAAAGGCUAACUGUACUGUGGGGUUUGACAAUGCUCACAACCAAAUGCCAUGGCAUGGCAGACAACAAACAGGUGAUUACAAUCACUGAGCUCUAAUCCUCUUAGCUCCUUAACGGGACUUCUCCCAGCUCCUUAAGCUGUGUUCUCCCAGCUGUAUGGAGCCACGUUUGUCUAAUCCUAUAGUAGAGAAGUUUCCUUACAGCACUACAGCAUGGAGGAGUUCCUGAUCCCCGAGGAUGUUCGCUGUGAGCACGGCUUCUUCUUUCCGAUCGGAUCGGGGAAAAACAGACUGAACGGUGUAAAGGACUUGCUGCAUAGUGCCUUCCUCAUAUACAUCAGGGACUAUGUGAAACGAAAUGGGCUGCUGACUCUGUCUGUGCUCGGAGUGUUUACAGGAUGCAUCCUUGGCUACACACUCAGGGGAUGUGAACUCUCCACGCAGGCAAAGAUCUAUUUUUCGUUCCCUGGUGAACUCCUGAUGAGAAUGCUAAAAAUGCUAAUUCUUCCCCUGAUCACCUCAAGUUUAAUGUCAGGCCUGUCAUCGAUGGAAUCCAAAGCCUGUUGUCAUAUGGGCUUGAUAACUGUGACCUAUUACCUGUGGACCACCUUCACUGCUGUUGUGGUUGGCAUUGUACUGGUGGUGGUGAUCAAACCAGGCUUUGCAACAGACAUGGAGCGCACCAGGCUGGGAGGAGGUCCGGUGAUGACCUCAGCAGACGCUCUGCUCGACCUCAUCAGGAACAUGAUUCCUUCAAAUCUCAUAGAGGCCACAUUUCAGCAGUACAAGACGAAUCUCAUACCUGUUCUUCAAACACCAGACAGCAACAAGCAGCACAACUUUGUUUACCUGAUGCCAGACGAGGAUCAGCCUAAAGGUUACACAGUGUUACUGGAUCUCACUCCACGUCCUGAUAUUCACUAUAAGAUAUAUCCUGGAAGCAGCCACCAAAUGAACGUUCUGGGGAUCGUCAUCUUUUCAGCCACUAUGGGGCUCCUGCUUGGCAAAAUGGGUGAGCGAGGUGCACCUUUAGUCAACGUUUGCAAGUGCAUCAAUGAGUGUGUCAUGCAGAUCAUCAAUGCAGCGGUGUGGUAUUUCCCCUUUGGGAUCAUCUUUCUGGUGGCUGCGAAGAUCGUGGAUAUGAGUGACCCCUCCACUCUGGGGAAGAAGCUGGGCUGGUAUGCAGUGACCGUUCUGACUGGACUGUUCAUCCAUGGCUUCAUUCUUCUUCCUCUAUUUUAUUUCCUCUUAACACGCAAAAACCCCUUCAAGUUCAUCAGAGGACUGCUGCAAGCUAUGGUCAUUGCCUUAGCCACAUCCUCAAGUUCUGCCACGUUGCCCAUUACAAUGAAGUGCUUGCUGGAGAACUGUCAUGUAGAAAGACAGAUUGCACGCUUUGUCUUGCCCGUGGGUGCCACCAUCAACAUGGACGGCACUGCUCUCUAUGAAGCGGUGGCAGCCAUCUUCAUCGCUCAGGUCAACGAGUAUGAGCUUGAUUUUGGACAGAUGGUGACAAUAAGCAUAACGGCCACUGCUGCAAGCAUUGGUGCUGCAGGCAUCCCUCAGGCUGGCCUCGUAACCAUGGUGAUAGUGCUGACAUCUGUAGGAUUGCCACCAGAUGACGUCACACUGAUUGUGGCCAUCGACUGGAUUCUAGAUCGAUUUCGAACAAUGAUUAAUGUACUAGGAGACUCCCUGGCAGCUGGAAUCAUUGGCCAUUUGUGUCAGAAAAACUUUGCCACUGAUAAAAGGGGACCAGCCAGUGGAUCGUGCCAGAAUAGAAAUCAUAGCCAACACAUGGAGAAUUUGGCUGAGGUGCCGCUGCUUGCAGGAAAAGACUGCAUGUACGAGGUGGUUGGAGACAUGGUUAUUGAGCGACCCACUGUCUACUACAACAUCUGUCAAGUUUAACUUCACUAGUGCCUUAAAACCACCACAUUUUGGAGACAAGUCUCUACAUUUGUGAUUCUGCUGGUAGUUAAUUGACCAAGCUGACCAUAUGUUCAACAAUUAUUCCACAUUGUAUUCGUUAUAAAAAAAAAAAACCCUACUGCAUAAAUGCUGGCAUUGCAUACUCUACAGCCAUGAUGUUCAUAUCAGCAGAGAAAAGAUGCAUUACAUGUAUUGCCUUAAAACAGACUAAAAGAACACUGACUACAUUUUGUGACCAAAGUCAUUUGUUGUAUGGUCUAAGACUUCCAGACCCGUGUCUGUUAAGUAAUGUUUCUGUAGGACGUCUGUAGUUAUUACAAGCGAUUUGCACAGGGAUGGAAGUGUCUUUACGAUGUACACAUCAUUGUCAUACUAAAAAUAUGCAUACUACAUCCAUGCAAAUUAUGUAUACUUCAUUUUAAUACAAACAGAUAGUUUUGACCUUUAUUAUAAGUGCUUG